UCUAGUUCUUCUAUUUUCUAAUCUUAAAUCUAAUGAAAGCAUGGCUACGAAUCUGCGAUGAUUCCCCAAAGUCAAAUGGGCAUCCUUCCCCUUUGCUCUUUCCUCUCCUUCUUCUUGUUGCUCAUCCAAUAACAACUCUCUUCAAUUUCACCGUUAGCAGAAAUCCCUCUCAACUGGAUGCUUCCUUCCCAAACCAAAUAUGGUCUUCCCCCAACAAAACCUUCUUCAUCGGCUUACUCCCCGCUCCUUCUUCCUCCUCCUCCUUCGUUGCCGCCAUCACCUACUUCGAUCGCUCCGUCCUCGUCUUGUCAACCCCCUCCUCCGUUGACCGCUCCUGCUCCCUCCGUCUCCUCCCCACCGGCAACCUCGUCCUUUCCCACGGCGACGGCUCCACCGUCUGGUCCUCCAACACUUCCUCUAAGGGUGUUUCUUCCUCCUUCCUUGACGACUCCGGCAAGCUCAUCCUCCGAAAUGCCACCGGCAUCACUCUCUGGGCUGUUCUAAUUCGGGAGUGGACUGAGGUUUAGGUGGAGGACGAUCGAGUUGACCUUCUGUUUAAUGUUUUUUUUUUCAAAUUUAAAAGGUAUAAAAUUAUUAUAUUAUAUAUUGAAUUUGUCGAUUUGAUUUGGUUUAAUAUCAAAACAGAUUCUAUUCAUUCUCAGACACAA